UUUCAGUUAAAAAGCACCACCGCGGAGUUUGCUCCAUACUGCACAGUUGAAUAAUUAUUUUGCCCUAGAUUUUUGAAAUUCUUACUGAAAAUUCUUAAAUUGGUUAUGUACUGAUCUUUGUUAGUUAUAAUGGGUCAAGUUCAGAGUAAUGAAUCUGAUGUGAAUCAGAGCAAACCAGAAGAAAAUACUGAGAGCAGCAAUGGUUCAUCAAGUCUUGAAGAUUUAAUUGCAGAAGCAACGGCUUUUGGCGACGAUGAGAAUGAGUCUCUAGAGGCAAAGGCACAGAAAGCACUGGAAUGCCCUUGUGUAGCUGAACUGCGGAGUGGUCCUUGUGGGACCUCAUUCUCGGAGGCCUUUCUCUGUUUCUUGAAAAGUACCGCUGAAGAAAAGGGCUCGGAUUGUGUCAACCCAUUUAUUGCUUUACAAGACUGUAUCAAAGCAAAUCCUAAUGCAUUUGCGAAGGACGUUUUAAACGAAGAUGAUAGCAGUAAGGAAGAGGAAGAACACAGUGAAGAUCACAGAAUCAUCCCGCCUACAUGGGCUAAAGAACAACAAAGCAGGCUCUGAAAGCUAGUCUAUGCUUAUUUGUUGAGCUAUGGACUUUUGUACGGCACAUUUUAUGUCAAUUCCGUCGUGCUAUUAUAACGAAAAGGUCCGUCUAUGGACCAUGGAGUAACGAAAAGGUCCGUCUAUGGACCAUGGAGUCGUGGACACCCUUUUUACUGAAACAACCUCCACUUGAAGUUGUUUAGUAUUUUCAUUGUUGCUGUUCUUGGGCAUGGUUUAGGGUAUUUUGCAAAGACUGAUAAGAAUAAAACUCUUCCUGAUUUGGGGAUCGUUGGAGAGGUUUUAUGUUUUGUAAUGAAAUGAUAAAGUACAAUUAGGAUUGUUAUACCUUCGUAGAAGUUAAAUUGUGAUUUGGUUAUUUGGAAAGA